AUGGCAGCCUUACAGAUCUUUUGUAGCGGAGUGCUGUUGCUGUUUUGUAGCUGGAGAGUUCAGGGCUCCUUGGACACGGCCCUGGGGGAUAGCUCGUCCUGCCACCAUGUGUGUGAGGGCACCUACCCCCUGCACACCUACCCUGAGGAGGAGGAGCUCUUUGCCUGCCAUAGAGGUUGUCGUCUUUUCUCUAUCUGUCAAUUUGCAGGGAUUGGAGAAGACUUGAACAAGACAAAGCUGGAAUGUGAAUCAGCCUGUACAGAAGCCUACCCCCAGACCAAUGAGCAGUAUGCUUGUAUUCUUGGCUGUAACAGCCAGAUGCCUUUUGCAGAGAAGCGUCAAGAAGAGCUGUCAGAUAUGGUGCCUCGUAUACACGUUCUGUUCCCUCUGACUAUGGUGAAAGCAUUCUGGAGUGACAUGAUGGAUUCUGCCCAAAGUUUCAUAUCAUCAUCCUGGACAUUCUACAUUCAAGCAGAUAAUGGACGUAUUCUGAUAGUGCAAUCCCAGCCAGAAAUUCAGCAGAUACCGCCAGUGUACUCAGAAAAUCCAUCUGCAAGAGGUAACUUGCUAGAUAUUGUCCAAAGUAAGUCUGAUACAAAAUGUGUGAGUGAUCCAGUUUUUUUUAUAUGUCAGAGUUAUCCUCCAGUUUUAUGUCACGGAUUUGACAGAUUGUGUCCUAUGUUGUGGCAGACCUAG